GGAGCGUGUCGACAGAGAACUCAGAGAGAAAGAGAAAAUCCGAUCUGACCUGGAAAAAGCAGAGAAACUAAAAACUCAACUCGCCACCGAAGUGGAUGAGCGUCACUCUGCCAUCGAGCACAUGAACAACCUCAAUCUCAGGAAGCUGGACCAGGAGCACAAAGAGAAGCUCACAGCAGUGCGAUCGGAGCUGAUGAAGGAGAUGGACCAGAUGCAGCAGCAGGCCGACGUGCAGCGUAAAGAACUGGAAGCAGAGGUUGAAAAGAUCAGAGAGGACGAAUCUUUUCUCAGGGACCACCUUUCCAUCUCUGUGAAGGAAAACAGACGCCUUGAAAUGGAGUUGCUGGACACCACUGAAAAACUAGUGGAGGCACAAAACCAAAAUACAAAACUCCAGACAAGUUUGGACAAUGUUAUGAAAGAAAAG